UCAGGCCGACUUAUUGUCUUCCAAUCGCCCUAUUGACUUUUAUUCAUACCUUCACCAUCUUGCGAAGCCCAUAAAACAGGACAUUGCCACUUCAAGUCUUUCCGUAUUGUCACAAAUAUUACUAAGGAAGCGGUCCGAGCGUCUUAGCCCGAGUCGCUCCUUCCUCUUCACCACUCCCUUCACUCAAGACACCUUCAUUCCCGCGUCUUUUCUCGACCUCUCUCUGCUGACCCGCUCACACCAUCCAACACAUCACGAUAUUGCCUGCGCGGCGUGGGUGUUUCUGCCUCGCACGCGCAACAACGCGACUUGCGCCCAUCUACCGAUCUCUCUCUUUCAUUACCACUAGGCCCACUGGUUCCGCGCCAAAGAAAGCUGAGCAGAACCGCGCUACUUUUCAAUACCUGAGUUCUCGGCUUCACUCAUCAGCGAUCAUGUCUUCUUCUUCAGACGAUGACACCCCUCUUGUCAAGGGAAAAUCAAACGGAGUGAAAUCCGACGUCCGCAUCCCCAAAACCGUUGACAGAGCUAUGGAUCGAGCAAACCCCUCAAAUGGCGACAUGGACCCGGGCGUUUCCAUCCGAAUGGGCCCCGUUGAGGACAUGGACGUGGAUCCACCUGCCACGAAUGGCAUCGCCAACGGGAAGCGCAAAUCGCGAGGUAGCUUGACAAAUGGGAAGACAUAUAAAGAUGCCAGCAGCUCAGAUGAAGAUGACAAACCAAUGAGUAAGCGCCGAAGAACAUCUCAACAGACCAGACAAAUGAAGGACGAAUCCGAUUCGGAGCUUAGCGACGUGCCUUUGAAAGCUAGAAGACCCCCGAAGGCUGCCGCUGCGCAGAUCGGUGAAGAGUCCGACUCAGAUAUUCCUAUCACCACGAAGUUAGCGAAAGAGAAGGCUGGCAUAGAGAAAGCCGCAGCAAAGGAAGCGAGGGCCAUUAGGAGCAAGGAAAAGGUUGCACCCAAGCGCAAACCCAAGGCUGAGAGCGAAAGCGAGGACGACGUACCGCUCGCAAAGAAGAAACAGCCUGCUAAGAAAGCCAACGGUAUUAAAAAGAAGGAUGAUUCUGAUUCCGAUGUCCCUCUACGAAAGAAAGCCCCAGCUACCAAGGCGAAAGCGAAAGCCCAAGCUGCGACGACUACUACAAAGGCAAAGGCAAAGAAAGAGGAGCAGAACGAUCAGGAAGGCGAGGAGGAUGAUGACGAAGAAGAGUACCGAUGGUGGGAAGAUCCUACAAAAGGGGAUGGCACAAAGAAAUGGACAACCUUGGAACACAAUGGUGUUGUCUUUCCUCCUGAGUACGAACCUCUUCCGAAGAACGUCAAGUUUGUGUAUGACGGUGUUCCUGUCACUCUACACAAAGACGCAGAAGAGGUAGCAACCUUCUACGGUAGCAUGUUGCACUCUACCGUCAACAUUGAAAACCCUACUUUCAACAAGAACUUCUUUGAGGAUUUUACCGCGAUUUUGGAUAAGACCGGCCAUGGCAAGGAUAAGAAUGGCAACGUCGUGAAAAUCAAGAAAUUCGAGAAAUGCGACUUCAAGCCCAUAUUCGAGUGGUUCGAGGCCGAACGAGCGAAGAAGAAAGCCCUUCCCGCUGCCGAGAAGAAGGCUGCCAAGGCCGAAAAGGAUGCCGCAGAGGCGCCCUUCAUGUAUUGCACUUGGGAUGGUCGUAAGCAAAAGGUUGGCAAUUUUCGCGUCGAACCUCCAAGCCUGUUCCGUGGCCGUGGUGAGCAUCCAAAGACAGGUCGAGUAAAGAAGCGAGUCCUCCCAGAACAAAUUACAAUCAAUAUCGGCAAAGAGGCCAAGGUCCCUGAUCCACCUGCUGGACACCGUUGGAAGGAGGUGAAGCAUGAUCAAGAAGGCACCUGGCUUGCCAUGUGGCAGGAGAACAUCAACGGCGCCUACAAGUACGUCAUGCUUGCUGCCAAUUCGGACAUUAAGGGUCAGAGCGAUUACAAGAAAUUCGAGAAGGCUCGAGAGCUCAAGAAGCACAUCGAUCGCAUUCGCAAGGAUUACAAACGCGAUCUUAAAUCGGAAAAGAUGGUCGACCGCCAACGUGCUACGGCGAUCUACUUGAUCGAUCAAUUUGCCCUUCGAGCUGGAAACGAGAAAGGUGAAGACGAGGCCGACACCGUCGGCUGUUGCUCACUAAAGUACCAGCACGUUACUCUGCAGCCCCCAAACAAAGUCAUCUUCGACUUUCUGGGUAAAGACAGUAUUCGCUUCUACAACGAGGUUGAGGUUGACUUGCAGGUGUUCAAGAACUUGAAAAUUUUCAAGAAGUCCCCAAAAACUACUGACGACGAUAUCUUUGAUCGCUUGACGACUUCUGCUCUCAACAAGCACUUGACGAAUUAUAUGCCUGGUCUGACGGCAAAGGUUUUCCGUACUUAUAAUGCUUCUUGGACGAUGGCCAGUCUUUUGAAGAAAAUGAAGUCAGAGGGCACCAUUCCAGAAAAGGUCAAGGAUUAUAACGACGCCAAUCGAGAGGUUGCGAUUCUCUGUAAUCACAAGCGUACUGUCGCCGCAAGCCAUGCUGCCUCCAUGGAGAAGAUUCAGGAGAAGAUCAAUGGACUCCGAUAUCAAGUGUGGCGCUCGAAGAUGAUGAUGAUUGAUGUCGACCCGAAGCUUAAGAAGAAGAGAGGCGCGCAGUUCUUUGAGCGGCCAGAUGAUCUGGACAAUGAGUGGGUCAAGAAGCAUCAGGAAUUCCUCGUGGAAGAGCAACGCGAGAAGAUACGGAAGAAGUUUGAGAAAGAGAACGAGAAGCUCAAGGCCGAAGGUGAAAAGGAAAUGAAAGUAAAGGAGCUGAAUGAACGUCUCGCGGUUACGAACGAGAUGGAGAAGAAGUUCAAGAAAGAGAAUAAGACCGGCAAGGUCGAAGCUGAAGGCAAAGGCCCAACAGUCGAGAAGCUGGAGGCGAACGUGGAGAAGCUCAACCAGCGCAUUGAGGUGAUGAAAAUCCAGAUGGAAGACAAGGAGGGCAACAAGGAGGUAGCUCUCGGCACCUCCAAGAUCAAUUACAUUGACCCUCGUCUUACGGUGGUAUUCUCCAAGAAGUUCAACGUCCCUAUUGAACGAUUCUUUUCGAAGACCUUGCGGGAGAAGUUCGAUUGGGCUAUCAAGUCGGUGGAUGAGAACUGGGAGUUCUAGCUUACUAGAUGCACUUGUAUUCCAGCUGUAAUUUUUUGGUUAGCGCAUAAAGGAGUCUGCGUUUGGGUGCAUCUUUCUAGGGGAACAAAAGGGAGAUAGGAGGUCAAGCCACUGAGGCGUGAGCCAAAAGUCGUGGCGAUGACGUUCCCAUUGUGCUCUAUGCACCUCGGUGCGGUCUUUGCGAGGUGCCUGCUCAAUCUUCAACCAUUUACAUAGGUGGGCAUUGACGCGGCACCGGAUUACGGUUAACAAGCAAUCUGAUAUAUUCUUUUUCACGUAUUACUUACUCAAUUGAAUGCAAAAGUCUU